AUGGCUCUUCCUAAUGCUGCUGUCCCGAUUCUGGACGCCGCCAUCAUCCACGAGAAACCAACUCCGACCGCUGCAAAAGUCGUCCCCACCGCCGUGAACAAGGACGAAGUUCGCGUGGUCGCUCCCCACGAGCACAAACAGGCCGCCGCAUGUCUCGCUGAGGCGUUUCGACUCGACAAUAUCGUCCGCUACGCCAUCGAUACCCCGGACCGCAUGCAUCUGUCUGAAGAGGAGCGCUUCGAAUUGCACAAGGCCUCCAUGGAGUAUGUCACUUAUGCUCACUGCCUCCAGGGACUGGUUUUGACGGUUGGUGAGAACUUCGAUUGCGUUGCCUUGUGGUUGCCACCAGGCAAAAAUAUUGAUGACUGGUUCACCAUCCUCCGCAGCGGCAUGUGGCGAUUGAGCUGGAAGCUGUCCAAGGAAGGAAAGGUGCGGUUCUUCGAUGAGUUCCUGCCCCUGUUGCACCAUACUAAGCAGGAAAUUUUGGGAGAGAGGGACAACAACUCCUGGUAUCUGAACUAUAUCGGUACCAAACCUGAGGCACGUGGCCGUGGUUAUGCCCGGAAGCUGAUUGAACAUGUUACGAAGAUGGCUGACGCCGAAGGGUUGCCCUGCUACUUGGAGAGCUCUCAUGAUAUCAAUAUCAUCAUCUAUGGCAAGUUGGGCUUUGAGCUUCGCAGGAACAUUUACUUGCAACGCGCUGCGGGGAAGGAGCUGAGAAUGGAUGUGAUGGUUAGAGAGCCGGUUGAUCCAGAAAAGAAGGAGGAGAAUGCAAACACAGAACCAGUGAAGUCGGGCUGA